AUGAAGAAGUUCUGGCAGCGCAAAUUGAGCCCGUCGGAAAUAAUAAUUGUCAAAGACUCUAGGAGUAUUCAGGUAUGUCAGGGUGUCUACGGGGCCAAGGCAGAUGCUCUGAGGCUUUUCAACCGCAUGUCGAUGCUGUGGACGGUCGCACAAGGACCUUGGGAAAGCCUCAUACUAAAAAGCUCUGAUUUCUUCGAUGAAGACUUGCACGGUUACGAUCUGAGUCUUGGAUGA